CCUCUCUGCCGGGAAACCACGCCGACAGCGCCGGCGGCCCGGGAGCUGGCUCCGCCGCUGAGAGGGCAGGACGCUCGGGAGCGCGGGGAGCGGCGCCGCGGGAGCCGCCCUCCUCUGCCUCGGAGCGGCGGGACGCGGAGAGUUGAAGGGUUACCUGGUACAUUAAUGUCUUAUUGAUAAUGGCAGAACAUCCACCACUGCUGGACACAACUCAGAUUUUAAGUAGUGAUAUUUCUCUUCUGUCUGCCCCUAUUGUAAGUGCAGAUGGAACACAACAGGUUAUUCUGGUACAAGUUAACCCAGGGGAAGCAUUUACAAUAAGAAGAGAAGAUGGACAGUUUCAGUGCAUUACAGGCCCUGCUCAGGUUCCAAUGAUGUCCCCAAAUGGUUCUGUGCCUCCUAUUUAUGUGCCUCCUGGAUAUGCCCCACAGGUUAUUGAAGACAAUGGCGUUCGGAGAGUAGUUGUGGUUCCUCAGGCACCCGAGUUUCAUCCUGGUGGUCACACUGUCAUACACCGUUCUCCACACCCUCCACUGCCUGGAUUCAUUCCUGUCCCAACCAUGAUACCCCCUCCACCACGCCAUAUGUACUCACCAGUGACUGGAGCUGGAGACAUGGCAACACAAUAUAUGCCACAGUAUCAGUCUUCACAAGUAUAUGGAGAUGUGGAUACUCACUCUACACAUGGAAGGUCCAACUUUAGAGAUGAACGAUCGAGUAAAACAUACGAACGCUUACAAAAGAAAUUAAAGGAUCGCCAAGGAACACAGAAAGAUAAAAUGAACAGUCCACCAUCAUCACCCCAAAAAUGUCCUUCUCCCAUAAAUGAACACGAUGGACUAUUAAAAGGACAAAAUGCUAGCAGCAUGAACACAGGCUCAGCAAAAAACAAGUCAGGGAAAGGGAAAGGUGGCACACAAAUUAGUACAGAAAUUGAAGAAAAAGAUGAAGAAACUAAAGCUCUUGAAGCACUUCUUUCCAACAUUGUCAAACCUGUGGCCUCAGACAUCCAGGCAAGGACAGUAGCACUUAGCUGGUCACCACCUCCCAGCUUCAUUAAUGGCGAGACAGAUGAGACUACAGUACCAGAGCCAUACAGUUAUGAAAUCCUAAUCUCAAGUACUGGAAAAGAUGGGAAAUAUAAAAGUGUUUAUGUUGGAGAAGAAACAAGCAUCACUUUAAAUGAUCUCAAACCAGCUACGGAUUACUAUGCAAAAGUCCAAGCAGAAUCUAAUACUAUAAAGGGAACCCCUUCAGAAGCUGAAAGCUUUACCACCUUGAGCUGUGAACCUGACAUACCUAAUCCACCAAGGAUAGCCAAUCGGACCAAAAAUUCACUUACUUUGCAAUGGAGGGCUCCUAGUGACAAUGGCUCUAAAAUUCAAAGCUUUGUUUUAGAAUGGGAUGAGGGAAAAGGAAAUGGAGAAUUCUGUCACUGCUACGUGGGUUCACAGAAGCAAUUUAAAAUUACUAAACUGUCACCAGCAAUGGGUUGUAAAUUUAGACUCUCUGCCAAAAAUGACUAUGGUACAAGCGGUUCUAGUGAAGAAGUCUUAUAUUAUACCUCAGGCUGUGCUCCUUCAAUGCCAGCAAGUCCUGUAUUAACUAAGGCAGGAGUUACCUGGCUCUCCUUACAAUGGAGCAAACCCUCAGGAACACCAUCAGAUGAGGGGAUUGCUUACAUUUUAGAGAUGGAGGAAGAAACUUCAGGAUAUGGUUUUAAGCCUAAAUAUGAUGGAGAAGAUCUUGCAUACACAGUGAAAAAUCUCAGACGUAGUACAAAGUAUAAGUUCAAGGUUAUUGCUUAUAAUUCAGAAGGUAAAAGUAAUCCAAGUGAAAUAGUAGAAUUUACUACGUGCCCUGAUAAGCCAGGAGUUCCUGUAAAGCCGUCAGUUAAAGGAAAGAUUCAUUCACACAGUUUUAAAAUAACAUGGGACCCACCAAAAGAUAAUGGAGGGGCAGCCAUCAAUAAAUAUGUAGUGGAGAUGGCAGAUGGUCCUAAUGGAAAUAAAUGGGAUAUGAUAUACAGUGGCUCUACUAGGGAACAUCUUUGUGAUAAACUAAAUCCAGGCUCUUUCUAUCGCUUGCGGGUUUACUGCAUCAGUGAUGGAGGACAGAGUGCGGUAUCUGAAUCUUUGCUUGUGCAGACUCCAGCUGUGCCUCCUGGCCCUUGCCUUCCUCCCAGAUUACAGGGUAGACCCAAAGCAAGAGAAAUACAGUUACGAUGGGGACCCCCUCUGGUUGAUGGUGGAUCACACAUUUCCUGCUAUGGUGUGGAAAUGUCUCCUAUAGAAAAAGAUGAACCCAGAGAAGUUUACCAAGGUUCUGAAGUUGAAUGUACAGUGAACAACCUUCUUCCUGGAAAGACUUAUAGCUUCAGACUGAGGGCAGCUAACAGAAUGGGGUUUGGACCAUUUUCAGAAAAAUGUGAUAUCACUACUGCUCCUGGGCCACCGGAUCAAUGCAAGUCCCCUCAAGUGACAUGUAGAUCUGCAACUUGUGCACAAGUGAAUUGGGAGGUUCCUUUGAGUAAUGGAACUGAUGUUACUGAAUACCGGUUGGAGUGGGGUGGAGUUGAAGGAAGUAUGCAGAUAUGUUACUGUGGGCCUGGUCUUAGUUGUGAAUUAAAAGGACUUUCACCAGCAACUACCUAUUAUUGCAGAGUUCAGGCUCUAAGUAUUGUGGGUGCAGGUCCCUUCAGUGAAGUGGUAGCCUGUGUGACUCCACCAUCAGCUCCUGCUAUUGUAACUUGUCUUCAAGAAAUAAGUGAUGACGAUAUUGAAAAUCCCCACUACUCACCUUCUACAUGCCUUGCCAUAAGCUGGGGAAAGCCUUGUGACCAUGGAUCAGAAAUCCUUGCCUACAGCAUAGACUUUGGGGAGAAACAACCUUUGACAGUAGGCAAGGUUACAAGCUGUGUUAUAGACAAUUUGCAGCCAGAUACAACAUACAGAGUGCGAAUUCAAGCCUUGAAUAGCCUUGGAGCUGGUCCUUUCAGUCACAUGAUAAAAUUGAAAACCAAGCCCUUCCCUCCUGAUCCACCUCGACUGGAAUGUGUUGCCUUCAGCCACCAGAACCUUAAGCUGAAAUGGGGAGAAGGGACCCCCAAAACAUUAACAGAUUCUAUUCAGUAUCACCUUCAAAUGGAGGAUAAGAAUGGAAGGUUUGUAUCCUUGUACAGAGGACCAUGUCAUACAUACAAAGUACAAAGACUUAAUGAAUCAACAUCCUAUAAGUUCUGUAUUCAAGCUUGUAAUGAAGCUGGGGAAGGUCCUCUCUCCCAAGAGUAUAUUUUCACUACUCCAAAAUCUGUCCCAGCUGCCUUGAAAGCCCCCAAAAUAGAAAAAAUAAAUGAUCACAUUUGUGAAAUUACAUGGGAAUGUUUACAGCCAAUGAAAGGUGAUCCAGUUAUUUACAGUCUGCAAGUUAUGGUGGGAAAAGAUUCAGAAUUCAAACAGAUUUACAAAGGUCCCGACUCUUCCUUUCGGUAUUCAAGCUUUCAGCUGAACUGUGAGUAUCGUUUUCGUGUGUGUGCCAUUCGCCAGUGCCAAGACCCUGUGGGACAUCAGGACUUAGUGGGUCCCUACAGCACCACAGUGUUUUUCAUCUCUCAGAGGACUGAGCCACCAGCCAGCACCAACAGAGACACUGUGGAAAGUACAAGGACCCGGCGGGCACUCAGUGACGAGCAGUGUGCGGCAGUCAUCCUUGUGUUGUUUGCUUUCUUUUCCAUUUUGAUUGCCUUUAUUAUUCAGUACUUUGUAAUCAAGUGAAGCUAUGACUUUAUUUUUAAUACUGUAUCGCAUUUAUUUUGUCAUGUACUAAAAUUAUUUCUGUAUUGCUUUUAUGAAAACAGUGGCAUUUAGCACUGGCAUUGAGUAUAUAGCACAUCAUUUUUUGCCAUUUUCAGUGCUUAUGUUGUUAGAUAGAGGCUGGCACCCUAUUUAAAUGCAAGCCACAGAAAUAGCAAUUUUUUAUCUUUUCAGUUGGGACUUUUUUUUUUCUUUUUUUCUUUCUUGACAUGCCUUCUUAUAAAACAAAACUUUCUAAGAGGCAACAGUAUAUGAUUGAUAAUUUGACCAGUCAGCAUGAGUGUGACAGUGAUAACCUGAUCUGUUUGUUUUACUAUAUCUGUAUACCACCAAGUGAAAAAUUCAGAAUGAUUAAAACUUACACUAACAUGCUAUAUAAAAAGGUUAAAGUCUGAUGCUGUGAAAGCAAUCUAGUGCUAUAUUUCUACCUCCUCAUUUGUCUUAAUUAUUUGGUAAGUUGGAUUAUGAUGAAUAACUGGAGGAACUUGGCAAACAAAAACUGGAUGAAAAAUAUACAUGGGGGGGAAAGUUUAUUUGAUAAAUGUGGAGUUCUUCAUUAAAAGUAUUCAUGAGUUCACAGAUAAGUCACCUACAAAGAAAGCACAGACAGUUUACUUGGUCUAAGACUAUUUUGAUGUUUACUCAAAAUUACCUCUUCAGAUCUUAAGAACAUGAAAAGGAAUGAAGAAAGUCUUUCAUAAUCAACUCUGAAUUUCAAAGUUUGUUUUGUGAGCCUUUAUAUGUAUGUGUAUCAUAACAUCCCCAUACAUAGAUGACAAUAUAUAAAUUAUGCAUAUCAAGUACAAAAAUACACACUCUCACUCGUUACACCUGGUUUAGGCUAAUGUUGAAGAACUCCCAUAAGUUUGCUGCUUCUCCUAUAGCUACUGCCGUCACCAUCAGAAUUCAUAAUCAAACCUAACAUUUUUGUUUGAGACACCAAAUCUGAGACAAAAUUAAUUUGCACCAGUAAACUUCAAGCUGCUUUCUUUUCUUGAAAACUAAUGUUUAAUGUAGUGUCUGUUUUGGAUACUGUUCCAAAUUGUUGAUUGCAUGUGGUUAAUGUUGCAUUAGAGCACUUUGCAAUUCACAUAAUCCAUUAGUGUUUUGUGAGCUUGCAUUUGUGAGUUAUUGAAUGAUCAUAUUGAAUUUUGUCAAGUAUCACAUUGUGCAUCUUGCAUAGAUGUCAAUGACUGCCAGUAAUAAUACACUUUGUAAUGAAACUAUCUGAAAUUCUUGUUUUAUCACAUCUGUUAUCUGUAAAACACUUGUAACUAGCCUUCUUAAUUUAUUAUUUGAAUUUUAGGAUAGUGAAUCACUAAUUUUUAGUUGAUGAGGUUAGCAUCUUAGUGAUUGAUUAUUAAGCACUUCUGUCAGUCUUUGAAAAGAGAACAUAUGUUUUGUGCUUUGAAGAACUCGAGUAUUUCUCUUAUAUUAGAAUGGGCAUGUAUUGUAAUUGUUUUAUGUCAAAUGAUCUAUGCUGUAGGAAAAACAUUAACCUUUGUUCAAAAAAGAAACAGAUAAACAUGGUCUUUCCAAGUGAUAAGAAUGACCUGUCACUAUAAAAUACUAUAUGUUUACAUUUUAUUUAAUCUCAUGUACAGGCUGAUAACUUCCCCCAAAACAACAGUGAUUGCGAUUGUUUUCUAGACAUAUCUUUAAAUUGCCAUAUUUGGCAACACAAAUGAGUUUGAGUGUAAUAGCCCAGAGAUUUCUAUAUAGUUGAAUGUCUAAAAUGGUAAAUGUGCUACUGUGGCAGUUACAGUGGCUUAUGUUUUUCAUAGUAACUCAAAUGAAUUCCUAUUUUUGAUAGUAAAUGUCAUUUAAUAGUCUAUUUGCCAUUUUGAGUCUCACUGCAAAACUAAUGCAGAGAAAACAAUUUUUAAUGUAAUCUUGAUUUUACCUCAUAUACUGUACAUUCCAAAAACUCUAAACUUUUUAAAAAUUAUACACUACCAAACAUAUCUUAAAAUUGUAUAAAGUUGAACUUCAUAUGGAUAAUAAAUACAGUCUCAUAAAAAUACAUAUCUAGCAAAAUUAUCUUUAAAGUCCAUGGUAAAUAAAAGUUGUAUCAUUCUUUUUUUGAGAUGUUUACUGUAUUCAUAUACAUUUAUUUCCUGCCUUUUAGAAAAUGAAAUGUUACGCUCUCCCCUCUUGUAUUAUGAACUUAUGUCAAUUUUCCCAACAGUAUUCAAAUCUUUAACAUGAGAUUAUCCAUAUUUGAGAAGAUAAAGUCAGUAUAUUAAAGAAUGAAAUUAGAAGUUU